AUCAGAACAAAGCUUUGUGUAUAUCUCUCUCCACAGGAAUCUCUCUCUCUCUCUCUCUCUCUCUCUCUCUUUCUCUUUUUAACAGUAAUUUUAAAAAAGAAAAUUAUAAAAAAUAAAAUAUUUUAAAUAUUUGGUCUUUUGAGCAAGGAAAUGGGGCUUUUUUCUUUUUUGGUUUUGUUCUGAAAGUUUCUUUGGUUUUAGGCUUUUAGCAGGAGGCAGCAAGAAAGUUUGUUGAAAAACAUUCAAGAAGGCCAGUGGGUACAAGUUGGAAUUUAAUGAAGUGAAAGAGGAUAUUGAUGAUGAUGAUGAUGAAAAGUAAUUUAAUGGUGGAUGAGAAUUUGUCUGUCUUGACUUGUGCUUCUGGAGAAACAAUGACAAGAACUGAAAUUUCCACUACUACCCCUAUGUAUUCUCAUCAAUCAUCUUCUUCCAUAAAUCAACCAACACCACCGCUUCCACCGCUACCGCCGCCACCACCGUCAAAAAAGAAGCGAAAUCUUCCAGGCAAUCCAGACCCAGAAGCGGAAGUGAUAGCCUUAUCGCCAAAAUCACUUCUGGCGACCAAUAGAUUCAUAUGCGAGAUCUGUAAGAAGGGGUUUCAAAGAGAUCAGAAUUUGCAACUUCAUAGAAGAGGACACAAUCUACCAUGGAAGCUAAAGCAAAGAGGCAACAAGGAAGUGAGGAAGAAGGUGUACGUGUGCCCAGAACUGACAUGUGUACAUCAUCAUCCAUCGAGGGCUCUGGGCGAUCUAACCGGGAUCAAGAAGCACUUCUGUAGAAAGCAUGGUGAAAAGAAGUGGAAAUGUGAAAAGUGUUCAAAGAGAUAUGCAGUUCAAUCAGAUUGGAAAGCUCACUCCAAAAUUUGUGGCACUAGAGAGUAUAGAUGUGACUGUGGAACUCUCUUCUCCAGGAGGGACAGUUUCAUAACCCACAGAGCAUUUUGCAAUGCCUUGGCUCAGGAAAGUACCAAUUUUAAUAGUAACCCAACUCCUAAAAUUACAUCCCACCUUUUCCCAUCUAUUAAUUUCCCUCUUAAAUUUGAACACCAAGACCCUUUUUUCCCUCCUCCUCCUCCUCCUCCUCCACCACCUUCUCAUCAAAACCCUAAUAACCCUACUUCUUCAAUCGGGUUCGGAUUACCCGGUCUCGGUCCGGGUCAUCUUUUUGCGUCUUCUUGCCCUGCAUGGGAAGUUAAUAACAACAACAAUAAUUCAUGUUCAGCUGAAAUUGCUCCAUUUUUUCAUCACAUGGUGGGUUUUGAAGAGGCGGCCUCAUUUGAAGAAGCACUUAAUGGGAUAUUGAUGAGUAACAGUAAUAGAGGCAAUAAAAAUGGUGGCAAAGGUGGCGGUGCUGCCGGAGAAAUAACGAGGGAUUUUCUGGGGGGGCUGAGACCUGUGGAUUCUUCUAUGUUUCAGAAUCAUGAUCAUCAGAUGAUAAAUAACGACAUGUCGAAUUUGGAUUCUCCUUCGACGUUUGGAGUGCACGGCCAGAACCAGAAUACGACAUGUUGGCGUCAAAAUUAGUUUUUUGUUUUUCUUUUUUGAAUCCAAAAUGAGUUUUUGGAUCAAACGGAGGAAUGAGCGGUGAAAAAAAUGUAUGUAUUUAUUUAUUAUUUUUUUUCUUGAGGAAUUUUCAUGUAACAAUUUUCGCUUUGCUCUUAAAUUCUCUCUCUCUCUCUCUGGAUUA